AUGAGGGCUGACACGACGCCAAGUAAAAUAGAGGCUGGCACGCCGCCAAGUAAAAUAGAGGCUGACACGACGCCAGGUAAAAUAGAGGCUGGCACGCCGCCAAGUAAAAUAGAAGCUGGCACGACGCCGAGUAAAAUAGAGGCUGACACGACGCCAAGUAAAAUAGAGGCUGGCACGCCGCCAAGUAAAAUAGAGGCUGGCACGCCGCCAGGUAAAAUAGAGGCUGGCACGCCGCCAAGUAAAAUAGAAGCUGGCACGACGCCAAGUAAAAUAGAGGCUGGCACGCCGCCAAGUAAAAUAGAGGCUGGCACGCCGCCAAGUAAAAUAGAGGCUGGCACGACGCCAAGUAAAAUAGAGGCUGGCACGACGCCAAGUAAAAUAGAGGCUGGCACGCCGCCAGGUAAAUUAGAGGCUGGCACGCCGCCAGGUAAAAUAGAGGCUGGCACGACGCCGAGUAAAAUAGAGGCUGGCACGACGCCAAGUAAAAUAGAGGCUGGCACGCCGCCAGGUAAAAUAGAGGCUGGCACGACGCCAAGUAAAAUAGAGGCUGGCACGCCGCCAGGUAAAAUAGAGGCUCACACGCUGCCAAGUAAAAUAGAGGAUGGCACGCCGCCAAGUAAAAUAGAAGCUCACACGCCGCCAAGUAAAAUAGAGGCUGGCACGCCGCCAGGUAAAAUAGAGGCUGGCACGCCGCCAGGUAAAAUAGAGGCUGGCACGCCGCCAGGUAAAAUAGAGGCUGGCAUGCUGCCAGGUUAG